AUGCCAAAAAGACUCAAUUUGCCUUACACAACGCAAGACCUCUUCCCGCAAUCUAACACGUCCCCCUCAAAAUCGAAUGGCGCACCGGCUAGUAGUACACGAGGCUCAAUUAUUUCAACUCCAUCAUCGAUAUAUAUCCCCAGAUCAACGCUACACCAAUCCAAAAACGGGAGCAGCGGCACUAGCGGCAGCGCCUCCACGGGCGUGCAUUUCGAGAACAGGUUCAAGACAAUACGCACCAUGAUCAAGAGAUUGUUCAAGCCUACAACUCUCGAUUUCGAGACUGCCAUUUGGGAAAUUUUCCACUUGAUUGUCAACCCGAGAAAAAUGUACCGCAGCCACUAUUAUUACCGACAACAGCAGCAGCAACUGAACCCCGACGGCAAGACGAGCUACAGCAGAGAUGACCCUUCGUUUUUGAUUUUGGUCACGGGGUUCUUGUGUAUCAGUGCCGUGGCCUGGGGUUUAGCCUACCUGCCGAACUUCUGGGAUAUUUUGAAACUCAUUGUUUAUAUGGUUCUUGUUGAUUUCUAUCUUUCUGGAGUGGUGAUUGCUACAGUGACGUGGCUCGCUACGAACAAAUUGUUCAAUUUGGAAAUGGAGUUCAGUCGGUACAGUGUCUAUUAUAUUGAAUGGGGUUUUUGCUUUGAUAUUCACUGCAAUUCCUUUUUAAUCAUUUGGUGUUUGCUUUACGUGGUCCAGUUUAUCCUACUUCCAAUUAUUAGAAUCAGACGUUCGUUAAUUGCCUUGAUCUUGGGUAAUCUGUUGUAUUUUGGCAGCAUCGCUUACUAUUUUGUUGUUUCAUUUUACGGAUUCAAUUCAUUGCCCAUUAUUAGUUCCAACAUUGUCAAGCUGAGCCUGAAAAACCCCGCACGAGUAUUGCAGUUGGUCGUGGUUGCCGGAAUCAUCCCCUUAUUGGCAUUGACUUGGUUAACAACAAUUUUACUUAGAAUAAAAGUCGCUGACAGGAUGAUAGAUUAUUACUUUGAUUAG